AUGGAGGAAUAUCAGCCCCACCACGAAGAUAUUGGCUUCAAUGCUGAUGAAGCAUAUGAUAUUGUGAAAGAGUGCGUAGACGCUAUAUUAAGCGGUAUGGAUUAUAAUCAGAAUAGAGUCAACCAAUGGACUGCAGCUAUAGUAGAACAAUCCUUAACACAUUUGGUAAAGUUAGGGAAGAUGUAUAAAUAUAUAGUUACUUAUGCAGUGAUGCAGAAGAGUGGAUCUGGUUUACACAUAGACAGCUCGUGUUUUUGGGAUACCACAUCUGAUGGAACCUGUACCAUAAGAUAG